GUUCUAGCUCUUCAAAGAAAUUCCCAGGGAAAGUUGGCAAAGAAGAUGGAACUAAAAUCACACCUAAGAACUUUAAGAAAAGUGCCACAAAACCUGGCAAAAAGGGCAUCAAACAAUUCAAGAAUAAACAGCAAGGAGACAAAGGACCAAAGAACAAAUUGCAGCAAGCAAAUAAACUCAACAGGAAGAGAAAAUUCCAGGCAGAUGGUAAAAGUGAUGAAUCUGCAGCCAAGAAACCCAAAUGGGAUGACUUCAAAAAGAAGAAGAAAGAGCUGAAGCAGAGCAGGCAGCUCAGUGACAGAACCAAUUACGAUGUUGUCAUUCGUGCAAAGCAGAUUUGGGAACUCUUAAGAAGAAAAGAUUGUGACAAAGAAAAAAGAGUGAAGUUGAUGAAUGACUUGCAGAAGUUGAUUCAAGGGAAAAUUAAAACU